AAGACCCCAGUAAUAGGCUAGCAAGGUGAGAACUGGCGUGGUAGCUAAUGAGGCGAGUGAAGAAAAUGCUACUGUAUUGGCAAAAUGGAAUUUAAAGUCUCAGACACACCAAUUUCUUGUAGUUCUGGAGAUUUCUGCUCGUCAGGCAGCCCGAGGGAAAUCCAUUUGAGCCGUGAUGGCAAUAGUGUCACCAAGAUCCUCAAGAUGAAGCAUUUUUACAAGGACUCGCACGUUAGCAACAGCUAGUUUAGCUAGCUAGCUAACACAAAAGAGUGGUCUACUAUGGCAGUGGAAACCAGGACUUAAUGUGUUUAUUACGAGCUUCCAUUGUCCAACUUCUGAGAGGAGAAAGCACAUUGUUGGAAUGAGCAUUUUGUAGACCUUUGAUGCAUCAUCACUCUCGGAGCCAUCUAUCAUGUCUGAUCCAAGUUAUUGGACCGCAUUACCAAGCUACAAGUCUCAUUUUGUGACUGGAGCAAUGCUAAAGCGAUCAAAAAGUUGCCGUAGCAGCAACAGGAAGAGUUUGGGCGUUGGCACUCCAUCACCCACCCUGUCUCGGCCCCUCUCCCCCCUCUCUGUCCCUACAGCUGGUAGCAGCCCUUUAGACAGCCCAAGAAAUGUGUCAACUAGUGCCUCUCUCAACUUCCCCUUUGCUCGAAGCCACAUGGCCCGCACUGACAGAGCGGAAGGAAGAAGAUGGUCUCUGGCCUCCCUCCCCUCCUCCGGCUACGGAACCAACCCCCCCAGCUCGACGGUCUCGUCUUCAUCCUCUUCCCAGGAGCGCUUGCACCAGCUCCCCUACCAGCCCACCCAGGACGAGCUGCACUUCCUGUUCAAACACUUCCGCAGCUCGGAGAGCGUGACGGACGAGGACGGGAGACCCUCGCCCUGCAUCCGCCCGCGGUCUCGCAGUCUCAGCCCUGGUCGGACGAGUGGCUCCUUCGAUAAUGAGAUUGUUAUGAUGAAUCAUGUUUACAAAGAGCGAUUUCCCAAGGCCACCGCGCAGAUGGAGGAGCGCCUGCUGGAGGUCAUCACGCACUGCUCUCUGGACAGAGCCCUCCCGCUGGGGGACGGGGUGCUGGGCUUCAUCCAGCACCAGCUGGUGGAGCUGGCCCGAGACUGCCUGGACAAGUCGCAGAAGGGCCUGGUCACCUCGCGGUACUUCCUGGAGCUGCAGGAGAAACUGGAGAAACUGCUACAUGAGGCGUUUGAACGCUCGGAGAGCGAGGAGGUGACCGUUAUCACGCAGCUCAUGAAGAAGAUCCUCAUCAUUAUCUCCCGCCCUGCCAGACUGCUGGAGUGCCUGGAAUUUGACCCGGAGGAGUUCUAUCACCUGCUGGAAGCGGCGGAGGGUCACGCCAAGGUGGGGCAGGGCAUUAAAACGGACAUCCCGCGCUACAUCAUCAAUCAGCUGGGCCUCACGCGCGAUCCCCUCGAAGACAUGGUGCAGCUGGAGCACUACGACUCCGCAGGCCCCUCGGUGGCUGCUGAGUCUGAUGACUCUCUGGAGAAUAAGUCCGCUUGCACACCUCCCCGACGGAAACCACUGGAAAGCGACUUUGAGACCAUGAAGCUCAUCAGCAACGGGGCCUACGGGGCCGUGUACCUGGUCCGGCACAGGGAGACCCGGCAGCGAUUCGCCAUGAAGAAGAUCAACCGGCAGAAUCUGGUGCUGAGGAACCAGAUCCAGCAGGUGUUUGUGGAGAGGGACAUCCUGACGUUCGCGGAGAACCCCUUUGUGGUCAGCAUGUUCUGCUCCUUCGAGACCCGCCGCCACCUCUGCAUGGUCAUGGAGUAUGUGGAAGGUGGGGACUGUGCCAACCUGCUGAAGAACAUGGGGCCCUUGCCCGUGGACAUGACCCGCAUGUACUUCGCUGAGACCGUCCUGGCCCUGGAGUACCUGCACAACUACGGCAUCGUGCACCGGGACCUCAAACCCGACAACCUGUUGAUCACCUCCAUGGGGCAUAUCAAGCUGACGGACUUCGGCCUGUCCAAGAUCGGCCUGAUGAACAUGACCACCAACCUGUACGAGGGCCACAUCGAGAAGGACACCAGGGAGUUUGUCGACAAGCAGGUCUGCGGCACGCCGGAGUACAUCGCCCCCGAGGUGAUCCUGAGGCAGGGCUACGGCAAGCCGGUGGACUGGUGGGCCAUGGGCGUCAUCCUGUACGAGUUCCUGGUGGGCUGUGUGCCCUUCUUCGGGGACACCCCUGAGGAACUCUUCGGCCAGGUGGUCAGCGAUGACAUCAUCUGGCCGGACGGGGACGACGCGCUUCCUGCCGACGCCCAGGAACUGAUCACCCGGCUGCUGAGACAGAGCGCUCUGGAACGCCUGGGAACAGGAGGGGCAAACGAGGUGAAGCAGCACCCCUUCUUCCUGGGCCUGGACUGGAAUGGACUGCUGCGGCAGAAAGCUGAGUUCGUCCCCCAGCUGGAAGGAGAGGAUGACACCAGCUAUUUCGACACUCGCUCCGAACGGUACCACCACCUGGGCUCCGACGACGACGAGGAAACCAACGAAGAAGAGUCCUCCCUGGAGAUCCGGCAGUUCUCCUCCUGGUCACAUCGCUUCAGCAAGGUGUACAGCAGCUCCGAGCACCUGGCCACGCCCUCCAACCUCAGCUUCUCCUCCACCGACCGCAGCCACAGCGAGGAGAAGGAGGAGCGCUGGGGGGCCUCCCCUGGGGAGGCGCACCGGCACGGGGGCAGCGGGGACCGCAGGCCGGCCGGACACCGCGGGAGCCUGCGGCCCCGCGCCUCCUCCAGCUCCUCCCAGUCGGAGCGCAGCGCCUCCCCCCUGGUGAUGAGCAGCACACACAGCCUGGAGACCAUGCCCCGAUUCGCCUUCUCCACCGACGACGAGGCUGAGGUGGUGGUGUCCAGCCUGCACCGCAUCCGGCUGCGCAGCAACAGCACGGGGGCCAAGCACUCCUCCCCCAAAGACCCGCCCCCGCCCCGUCGCUACGGACACCAGCUGGACACGCCCGACAGGCAGCGGCCGCCGUCCGCGGGGAAGGUCCCCAAAUCCGCCUCGGUGUCGGCCCUGUCCCUGAUCAUCACCGCUGACGACAUGGCGGGCGGUUUUCAGACCAGCCCCAUCUCCCCCCACUCGCUGUCCUCCAACCCGUCGUCCCGGGACUCGUCCCCCAGCCGGGACCUCUCGCUGGGGCUGAGCAGCCUGCGGCCGCCCAUCAUCAUCCACAGCUCCGGGAAGAAGUUCGGCUUCACGCUGCGGGCCAUCCGCGUCUACAUGGGCGACAGCGACGUGUACACCGUGCACCACAUGGUCUGGAGCGUGGAGGAGGGAAGCCCCGCCCACGAGGCGGGCCUGAGGGCCGGUGACCUCAUCACUCACGUCAACGGCGAGUCGGUCCAGGGGCUGGUGCACACCGAAGUGGUGGAGCUACUGCUGAAGAGCGGCAGCAAAGUGGCCCUUCAGACGACGGCGCUGGAGAACACCUCCAUUAAGAUCGGCCCCGCCCGCAAGACCAGCUGCAAGGGCAAGAUGGCGCGCCGCAGCAAGAAGAGCAAGAGGAGGGACAACCAGGACAGGUGAGAAACACAACCCUGCUCUAUACUACAGAAACACAACCCUGCUCUGAACUAGACAAGAAGCUUCUCCUCCGGGCUGCACCACUCUGUGUCCUCCAGCGAGAGUCUGCCGGGCUCCCCCACGCACAGCCUGUCCCCUGGGCCCUCCACCCCCUGCCGUAGCCCCGCCCCCGACCAGGCCUGCGACACAAACUCCCCCCAGAGCACGUCUCCCUGCUCCAGCUCGCCCAGCUCCCCGGCGACACACAUCCGGCCCAGCUCCCUGCACGGCCUGGGCCCCAAGCUCUGCAGCCAGCGCUACACCAAGGCCGGCCGGCGCAAGUCCACCAGCAGCAUCCCGCCCUCCCCGCUGGCCUGCAACCCCUCGGCCCAGCCCCUGUCCCCGCAGCGGUCCCCGUCGCCCCUGCCCGGCAUCGCCAAGACCCUGCACGCCUUCCACGGCAAGACGCUGUCCCCCCCGACCAUCGUGCGGCACAUCGUGCGGCCCCGCAGCGCGGAGCCUCCCCGCUCGCCGCUCCUGAAGCGCGUGCAGUCUGCCGAGAAGCUGUCCGCCGGUUACCACGGCGACAAGAAGGCCUACGCCUCGCGCCGGCACACGCUGGAGGUGCCGCACUGCGAGGUGGACGGCCCGUCCGACCCCGAGGGGGAGGCGGGGGGGUACCCGGGCGAGCUGGGCCGACUCGGGGGCUACCUGGGCGGGCAGCGCCUCCGCGGGGACUGGGGCAGCGGGGACCGGGCGGAGGAGGGCGUGGUGGUGAUGCGGAAGCUCAACCUGUCGGAGAGACGCGACUCGUUCAAGAAGCAGGAGGCCGUGCAGGAGGUGAGCUUCGACGAGCCCGAGGAGAAGCCCCCCGCCCCUCCGCCGGCCCCCGCCGCCGGCACGCCGCCCCCCCCGCGGACGCACUUCAAGGCCGCCUGGAUCGUGACGGGGCCGCAGGCCGCCGAGGAUGCGGGGGCCCGGAGGGUCCCCCAGGUGCCCCAGAUCGCCGUGCUGGGCUCGGAGAGCGAGGAGCCGUCCGAGACUGAGGAGGACAGCGACCGGGGCGAGGCGGAGCUCGGGAAGAGCGCCGUGGAGCCUGCGCCGGCGGAGAAGAGCAGCGCCCGGCAGGGGCAGGCCGCGGCCUGUGUGCGGAGAGGCAGUGUCAAGUGGGCCGGUCCCGACCCGCCAAAAGGCCCGGGAGGUUCUCCACAGACCUCGAGCCCUCAGAGAAACCAGCUGAGAGACUGAGCCUCCAGUGUUAAACACAAGAAGAAGAACGCACGCCGACAUGGCCAUAUCUCCACGAAGGUGCACCCCACCACUCCCGGAAAGUUGAAGGAAAAAGACGUUCCUUUGCCAAAAUAGCAUUUCCAAAAGAAGUUCAAAAGAUUUUUUUUUUUUUUUUUUUUUUUUUUUCACAUUUGGUUUCACUGAAGUGGAGUCCCGUCGGGAUCGCACUGUAGCCUAAACAUUGUGUUUUGUAAAUAUUUGAUAUGAAAGGGGGAAAAAAAGGCUAGUGAGGCUGGCCUUUUUUUCCCGGGCUUAUUUAUUACUUUUAUAACCUGAUGGGGAUUUGUAAUGGGGCCAAAACAGUAAAAUUGUUUUCUCCGUUGAUGACUAACCAGCCCGAAUUGCUAUUUUAUGACACCGUGACGGCACAACAUGUGUUGUUGUUUUAACAGUAUUUUAUGUUUUCAAUUUAAUAUGUACGAUGUCAGUUUUUCCUAGAAAUGUAGACGAUAUUUUUAAAUGGUUUAAUUCCGUCUUUAGAUGUAAUUGCGUUACAGAGUAGAUACUGGAAUAGAUUGCUGUUGUUUUUCUAAAAACAGUGAUGUAAAACUGGGGAGGAGAGCACUUAAGUGCAUCCCGACGUUGAAAAUGUUUUGUUUGCUUUGGAAGGGAACAAGUAAACAAAACCGUUCAUCUAAUGUCCAAAAUCCGUACUGUAGAAUUGAAAUUCGACAGCCUUUUGCUUUGAGAACGAACAAAUCUAGGACAGAGGUUCCAGGCCCAGUUCACUGAACCGAACGCAAACUUUGAUCCUUUAGUUUAUGUUACUGGCAUCCAAAAUCUUCUUCAGAUCCAAGGCAACUGAUUAAUAGUUAUUUAACCAUUUCCCCAGCGCUGUAUACAGAACAGCUUGAAGGGAAUAUGAUUGCAACAAAUGACGAAUGGUUCUGUAACUAUGGAUACCAAGUACUGGGUGUCCCAAUAGCUACUAUGAUUCUGUUGCCAUGGGGCCCCCCCCUCAUUUUAUUAGACGGAUUAUUUUCUCUUGUUUCAUAAAAUGUUGUCAUGUUGAAAGUAUUCAACACACACUGACAUAUUUUCUCCUACAUCGCCAUUUUGUUGCUAGAAUAUUGCAAAAGGCAGGAUGACCCGGAUGACACAGCAGUGUUCUUCCUGUCAUUCUGUCCCCUGAAGCGUUUCAGCUCGACCUCAGGAGCUCUCGGUACACGUCAGAAAGUUGUGCGUUACUAUGCAUCACUUUGUUCUCAAAGGUCACAUUUUUACAGGGAAUAUAGAAAACGUAGGAGUAGGAAAAAACAGAGCUAUUGAAUGCACUAAAUAUUUUCCGCACCACACUAACUUACCGUCACACUUAGUGACGAACGUUAAGCUAUUGCAUUAGUCCUGCAGUAUACUCUGUUCACCGUGAAGAGGUUCUAUUUCCAAUUUUCUUUUAUAACACUGAUGUGAGUUGUACGUACUGUAUAUGAAUUAAUAUAACUGUGAUCAACUUUAAUUGAAUAUGUCAGAGAUUGCUCUGGUCUCAAGCAUGACGGUGUGCGCUUGCUUGCUCUUAAGCAUGGAUCUGUCAUUGUGGGACCCCUAAACGUAACUGGUUCCACGUUUUCUUACUGUUGAGGCUGCCUAUGUACCACAGGCUGUUGAAGCCAGACAUGCAUUUCUGCUCCAAAAAAGUGUCUCCUCCUAGCCCACAUGAGAAGAGUACUUUGCUUUUUCCGAACAUGAACUCUGGCUCGAUCUUGCAUGUCCCAGGACGUAGAUUGAUUUGGCGCUCAGAAUAUCAGAUGGAGAAUCAAGGCUCGUCCGCAGCGAGAACGAUAACUGUAAUUAUAGCUAUAACGAUGUGAGCUUACACACUGAUGAGCGAUAACUAUAAUUAUAACGAUGUGAGCGUACACACUGAUGAGCGAUAACUAUAAUUAUAACGAUGUGAGCGUACACACUGAUGAGCGAUAACUAUAAUUAUAACGAUGUGAGCGUACACACUGAUGAGCGAUAACUAUAAUUAUAACGAUGUGAGCGUACACACUGAUGAAUGAUAACUAUAAUUAUAACUAUAGCAAUGUGAGCGUCCACGCCGAUUAUCGAUAACUAUAAUUAUAACGAUGUGAGCGUACACACUGAUGAGCGAUAACUAUAAUUAUAACUAUAGCAAUGUGAGCGUCCACACCGAUUAUCGAUAACUAUAAUUAUAACGAUGUGAGCGUACACACUGAUGAGCGAUAACUAUAAUUAUAACUAUAGCAAUGUGAGCGUCCACACCGAUUACCGAUAACUAUAAUUAUAACGAUGUGAGCUUACACACUGAUGAGCGAUAACUAUAAUUAUAACUAUAGCAAUGUGAGCGUCCACACCGAUUAUCGAUAACUAUAAUUAUAAUGAUGUGAGUGUCCACACUGAUGAGCGAUAACUAUAACUAUAGCGAUGUGAGCGCCCACACUGAUGAGCGAUAACGUUCUGUAAAUAGCCUCUCUGCUAUGUCAUCUGCCAUUUUGUCCUGAAAAUUAAGAUGGCUUUUGAUUGGCUGUCGGUAUCUUGUCGUUCAUGCAGCUGGGAAAAAUCGAUUACGACGAUACGGUUCGUCAGUGUCGUUGUGGUGUGGAGUUCGCCUCGUCCACCUGUGUUAGAACAAUUUUUUUAAAUUACAUAUUUACGGUUUUUGUUACUGUUAUCGUUCUUGGUUUGGACUGGCUUUGAGAUGGGGAUAUUUUGUGGGUGUAAUGCUUGAGAAUCCUUUGCAUGGUCAUCCCAGUUUAAAUGGUUUAUCUACAGUCUUGACUUGUGACACACUGAUCUAUUGUGUGCGUUGAGCUUUUCUGAAUUUCUUAAACUUCUCAACCCCUACAUUUGGCCUUUUAUGCAUUUAAAGUAUUUCUUCUGUUCUUUGAUAUUAUCAAUCGAUGUUUACAUUGGAGUAAGGUGCACUUGCUUACAUUGAAGGCAAACCAUUCUCACGAAGAAAGUAACAAAUAAAAUAAAUCGGUAGAGAAAAAAACCCCACAAAAAUACAGAGGAAUAUCCCAUUCCUUCAAAAACCAGGAUUCAAUAGACACUUUUUAAUCUUUUUGUACUGUACAAGUAUUUCUGUAUGUAGAUUUUGAUAUGGUAGCUGUUUGGAAGCUGCGAUGUCAUGGAUUUUUAUUCCAUUUGCUUCUUGACCAAACUUGAUGAUAACGUUCACACCAGCUGAUGUUCAAGUGUCGGAGGUGUCGCUCUGUCUUGAGUGACGGGACGGUGGCGUUGAAGGAUGGGCCUUGGGCGGGACUUAGGCACGGUGACAUGAGAAAUGUAUUCACACAGAAUAUCAAAUUAUCAGUACCUGUGCCGUUAUUUCAGUCUGGCCUGGUCUGUCUUGGUGCAAUUCCUAAGAAGUUGAGUUCUAAAUCUCCCCAUCUGCCAUAUAGCUGGAUUGUACUGGACAAUGACUGACCCAGACUAAAGACUUUACUUUAAAUCCAGGAAUAUAAAGUAACGUCUUUAGUACUUGGGCAUCUCUUGAAGACAAAAUGGCCGCACACUGGUGUUUUGAUACUGGAUAAUAUCCUGGACGGUGGAUUUGUAAGGAAGGCGUCCCCAUGGCCCGUUUAAUACUCUGCCUGUAUGAUGUCUUAUAAAUUGUUUACAUUGUUUUGGACAAUUCAGCGAGAAGCAUGUGCUCUGAAUAAUAAAACAAAAAUGGCUUUUUGUAAUCCUGUAUUUCUACUUGAUGAAACCACUCCAUUUGGUAAACUGUAGUGCGUGGUUCUUGUGUUACAAAGUCUGCAUCUGAACACUAUCACGUAAACAUUUUGACAUACUUUGAGACCGUAAACCCUUACUUUGUUGGUUUAGUGUAUAUUUUUAUUUGUAUUUUUUUUUCCUCAGUCAUUUCAAAAAAAAAAAAAAAAAAAAAAAAAAAAAGAAUUCUGUUGGAUGCAUGCUGCAUGUGACAAGUGCACAUGGUACUUGAUCGCGCGGUUUUCUGGGUAACGUGUUCCCCUCCCUUUGACUCGUGUGUGCAAGGCAGUGUUCUGACUGCAAAAAAAAAAAAGCCCUUUGUGCUGUUCAGAUCUAUGACUCUCUCAUCGUCUGAACCACAAACUAACUUGGGGCCAGGUUCUUCAUAAAAUGUUUUUGUAAUUUUUUUUGUUUUUUUUUGCCUGGAAGUUGAAUAUUUAACAUUAAUUCUGCAUAUGCUUACGUUAUUUCACUGGACACAUGGAGCUGCCCUCUCUCAUUCAUCUUAAUGCUGCACCUAAAUCCGCUUUCUCCCGAAAGCGUUUCACCUCGGAGUGGGUUUGUUUGUGGUUCGGAGGUGGGCUGAAGGGUUAUGGGCGUAUGCAGAUGUCCACAGGCCCGAGGUGUUUCUCAGUAAACCACGGAGAGGAACGUCAUCAAUCAUAACCAUCUCCGCUGCAAACAUGGGCAACGUUCACCUCAAACCCCUUCCGAUUCCUUUACUUAUUCUCUCUGUUCCACGUCAUUCUGUACGAACAAUGCUGAGUUUAAACUGACUUUUCUUUUUCUUUUUUAGAUUAAUUAUUUGAACACUGCAUGCAAAAUUUAAUUUGCCAGAAGUUACAGGUGAAGGGGUACAUAAACAAAACUAGUAUGCAAAAACGACAAAAAAAAUGUUUUAAUGAUUUUGUGAAGCUGGUAUAAUUGAGAAAUACUGAAGUUAAGGGCUAGAAUGUCUUGCUGUGCACAUGGGUAACCGAUGAUGUUCUGGUUCUGUUGGGUUUGGUUUGGUUGGGUUUUGUCCGGCGUGUUUCUGCCGAGGCUCCUGGUCCGCAUUGGCACGAUUCUGCUCUGUAGCGCCUGGUGCUGGUUGGUGCGAAGGAUUUUAUUUUUUAUUUAAAGUUUUAUUUUUUUGCUGUUCUAUAACAGUGUUUUAUAAUAAAUUAUUUGCAGAUGGCGUUUGAUAUGAAAUGCA